UGUGCAGCAGCAGGGCUUGAUAUAUCUCCAGGCUACGCAAUGGUUGGACAAGCUAUUAUUACACAACGUGACCUGGAGUAUAUGCUAGUGGAUCCGACCCUAGAGCCCACGGCCCUGCCUUUGUCACUUUUGUUAGAAAUCACACAUGGUUUCUCCAAUGACUUGGAAAUUGGCAGAGGCGGCUUUGCGACUGUUUAUAAGGCAACACUUGAGAAUGGAUCCGUAGCUGUAAAGAAGUUGCUCAAUACGCACAUCCACGAGAAAGAAUUUCAAGAAGAGGUUAAAUGUCUCGUGAAGGUGAAGCACAAGAAUAUCGUACGAUUUCUGGGAUAUUGUUCCGACACACAAGGAAAUAUGGCAAAUAACAACGGAACAUUAGUCAUGGCAGAUGUGCAACAAAGAUUGCUCGUCUUUGAGUAUCUACCAAAGGGAAGUCUUGAUGUUUAUAUCAAGAAUUCACCCAGAGAACUUGAAUGGAUAGAGCGCUACCGAGUAAUAAAAGGGAUCUGUAAGGGGUUAAAUUAUCUUCACAAUCAAAAUAUUCUGCACUUGGAUUUAAAACCGGGAAAUAUAUUGUUGGAUGAACAUAUGACUCCGAAAAUUACCGAUUUUGGACAGUCAAGGUGUAUUGAGGAAAAUCAAACAAGAUUCAUGACUAAUAAUGUGCGAGGAACAUUGGGAUAUUGGGCACCGGAAUGGCAUGAGAAUGAAGGAGAGGUAUUACAAGUCACACGCAAGUUUGACUUGUACAGUCUUGGUGUUAUAAUUAUGGAGCUUUUGACCGGAAUGAAGGGGUCUCGAAGUAUUGAAGAUGUACGUGAAAUUUGGAGUCAUAAGUCAGACAUAUCAUGGUGGGGUCAAAUACAAGUAUGUGCUGAGAUUGGGAUUGAGUGCACUAACUUAAUACCAGCCAAGAGACCAGAAAGUAUGACGCAUAUAAUUGAUAGGAUUUUAUCAGAAAAAAGUAGUACACAUGUAAUUCCAGAGGGUGGGCCCAACAAUCUUCUUAUCCUUCACCCGCCAGCACUUCGCUUCCCCUUCGAGGCAAACAAGGUUAUCAUGUGUCCGCUUCAGCUAACAAAUAACACCGACAAACACAUCACAUUUACGCUUAGGGAGAAAAGUGGGGGGCCCUCCUUCCUAAGGCUGCCAUUGUAUGGCGUUGUGCCGCCUAACACCCCUUGCACCCUCAUCGUACCCACACAAGCAAAAGAAGAGUUUCCACGAAAGUGGAUCACAGAUCUGAUCCUCCAUAGUGCUACAUUUACACCAGGGGAUUUUGAUUCUUUCGAAAGAUACCGUUUAGGCCAUUGUUUUAGUGUGAAGAGGAAUGCAGUGCAGACAAUUGUGGAGUUCAAAGCACUUUAUACUCUGCCUCGACACAUCACGACACUGUUGUCUAUGCCAACCACACCCACAAUAAAGAUUAUAUGCCAGGUACGGGUUGUCCUCCGGUAUUCCUUGGAUACAAACCCGGACAAGCAAUGGAUAAUAGUUGGGGAAGAUUCAGGACAUGUUACUAUUUGGGACUACCAGACACAGAGAAAAGUGGAUUCAUUUGAACUCUCAUCGAAACAAGAUCUUAGAAGCGUUAUAUUUAUUCAACGGAAACAAUGGACUGUUACGGGCACAGGAAAUGGUCACGUCCAUGUGUACAACUAUGAAAAAAUGGAAAAGAUCACAAGUUUCAGAGUUACAAGAUCUGAAGGGUUUCUCACGACAAUGGCUGUUCACCCAACCCGGCCGUAUUUGCUGACAGCGGGUACACACAUGAAACUUUGGGACUGGGACAAGGGUUGGGAGUGUGUGCAGGCAUUUAAUGUUGCGAAUUUUAUAUACGGGGACAGAGUGUGUCAUGUGGCAUUUAACACAAAUCACAACUUCGCUACUGCUUCAGCUAGUUCAGACAACACUGUGGAGAUGGUUGUGAAGGUUUGGAGUCUUGAUUGUCCAAGCUCUAACUAUGCGCUAUCUGGGCAUUUGCACAAAGUGAACUGCUUGGAUUUCUUCACAUGCCACAGUAACGAGUUUUUGAUUACGGGAUCACAUGAUCAUACUGCCAAGAUAUGGUAUUUGCAGAAGAAGAUAUGUGCAUAUACACUUACAGCAUUCGUAGCUCCAGUUACAGCUGUCCUGUACCAACCCAGUCUUGAGACUCUAAUUACAGGUACAGAAGAUGGUGUUCUUUAUUUUUGGAGCACGACAAACUGCAGGAUAUAUUCAUGCCCCCCCACGCUCAAAAUAAUUAUCAACAUUGACUGUUUCGGAGGUGUCCACCAUCUCGCAUGUGUGAUGGGAAGGGUCGUGAUUGGAAAUUAUAACACAGUAGCAAUUAUGGAAAUUGCUAAUAAGAAUUGGCAGGAGCAAUCAACAAAUUACAAUGAGAAGCAGAUAAGUGCGAAUAUGGGACAACAUGCUGGAGACACAAAGUCUAAGCAGAUCACAGGGUCCAUGAGCAAGCUACUUGAUGUCAGCCCGCAGGAACUCUGCUUCCCCUACCAUCCUAAUGAGCCCUAUCCAUGCUUAUUGCACCUAACAAACAAUACUGAUGAAGAAGUGGCAUUUAGACUUGUAGACAGGAGCGGCAAGUCCCCGUGGUGCUUUACCAAACUGCCAUUGUAUGGCAUUGUUCCGCAGAGAUCCACUCAAACUUUAAUGGUGACAACGAAAGAGGAGAUGAAGUUAGAGAGAGCAAGAGACUUUGAUCUAGCCAUCCAGAGUUAUUUCUUGCGAGACAAUUACACGGUAUUCAAAGACAGAUUGGAGUCUGAUAAAUUUUUCAUGGAGGCUGAACAAUUCAAGAAUAUGGUGCAUGAGGUGACCUUGGAAGCCGUCUAUCCGAUGUACGAAGAGAUCCGAUCUGAGCAUAUAUCAGUGAAGUAUAAUCCUGACAGUAUAUGUUCCCUGGAUACACAUCCAACAGAACUAUGGAUUUUAACUGGCCAUUAUAGUGGAUCUGCUCACGUAUGGAACCAUGAGAUGAAGCACCCACUGAACUCAUUUAAAGUCUCAGAUGAUGAAGUUUGCUCCAUGAAAUUUAUUGCAAGGGAAUGCAUUGUAGCUGUGACACGUGAUAAUCACCUCCAUGUGUACGAUUGUGCAUGUGUAUCGAAAAUCGAAAAGAUCAGGAGUGUCAUACCUCCGCAUUAUGUGUCCUCCAGUCCAAUACUAGCCGUUCAUCCAAUCCUACCGUAUGUGUUGUUAUCACAGGCAGUGGUUUUAGACUGGGAGCAGGGCUGGAAGCCCAAACAAAGAUUUUGGGCUGGUUGGUCUGAUGUACCAGAGGCGGCCGCAUUUAACCCUGGGGAUGCCGAAUGUUUUGCGACUGGGUGUAAGAAUGGCAAAGUACAGGUUUGGCUGCUUGGUUCUCUCUACCCUGAAUAUUCUUUCGGUGGGCAUUCCGGUACUGUGAACUGCGUUGAUUUUAUCCCACAUGGAGGUCAACACUAUUUGGUCAGUUGCUCUGAGGAUGGCACUAUCAUGAUCUGGGACUUGCAGAAAAGGGAAGGCAUUUGUACAAUCGAAGUUAGGGCUCCAGUUCUUUCUGUCCUUGCCCAUCCAAACCUCCCGUUAUUAAUUACAGGGACAUCACAUGGCAUCAUUUACGUGUGGAGCUCUACUGAUUUCAGGCUAAAGAGAACAAUUAACUUAGGUGGUGGUGGACCUAUUGUCUCUCUUGGAUAUUUGAUGGCUUUACGAAGGAUUGUGAUUAGGCAAAAGAACACAAUAACUAACAUGGAAAUCACCGAUGAGGAAGCGUUGGUACCUGAAAGUACGUCGACGAAGGGAGCUGAAGCGGAGCGCAAUCAAGACAGAGCAGAGGACAGCAAAACAGAGGAACUGGUUGAAAUGCAAGAGCAGCAAGGAGCUGAAGCGGAGCGCAUUCAAGACAAAGCAGAGGACAGCGAAACAGAGGAACUGGAUGAAAUGGAGGAGCAGCAAGAGUUGCAACCCACGAUUGUAAAGCCCCGAGCACAACGCCGCCAGGAGAAGAAACAAGCCCGCGUGCUGGCGAAGCGAGCUGAAGUGGAGCGCAGAAAAGCUGAAGCAGAGCAACGCCGCCGGGAGAAACAACACGCCCGUGUGCUGGCAAUGCGGGCUCAAGUGGUGCGAAGUCAAGCCGAAGCAGAGCAUUCUGACGCAGAGGAAUGGGCUGAAACACAAGAGCAUGAAUUGCUGGAUGUUGGGACCAACGAGUCAGCUCGCCCGUCUCAUGUUGUUGAAAGUUCUCAACGCUGGUGGGUGCAUUUCUUUGGUUCCUCAUCGACUCCCGUUGAAAGAGCAGGUGGACUAGCUUUGGUUGCUCUGUUGUUAGCACUAAUCUUCAUCGGAGCGGCAUCAGGGGGACCGGAACGUACCCAUGGCUGAGCUAUGACUGCCUUGGUUGUCUCGUUGGGUUCACCAGACUUUAAAAAGUUAAAGAAAAUUAUUGUUUUUCCUUUCUAAAAAAAUACUAUAUAUCAAAGAGAAAUUGUAUAGCUGAAAAUCUCAGUUUAUCAUAAUCUUAUUUCUCCA